AUGGUUGGAAAGAAGUCGGGCAAGGCCCUGCGGGAUGAGGGUCUGGAAAGGACGGACAACAACAUGGCAUUAACCAGCUGGCCACAGGUCCCAGCGAUCAACCAGAAGAACUACUACACCGACUACCUGAAGCGAGACGAUCAACUGCUCGCCUGGCGACUCCAAAACGAGGAAGCGAGGACCAAGAUGACCAAGAAAGCGAAGGAUCACGACCGUGCUUUGGCCAUGCCCAAGGUUGAUACUACAGAAGGCGAUGCCGAUGCCGAUGCCGACGCUACCAUGGAGGAUGCGGAGGAGACCCCGGCCGAGAUGGCGGGUUCUAAGGUGAUUGUCAUUCAUAUGGGCAGCCAAAACCUCCGUAUUGGACUUGCCAGUGAUGCACUGCCAAAGACCGUGCCGAUGGUGAUUGCGAGGAAAUCAGCCACCAAUGAGUCUGAAGAACAUAAGGAACCUAAGCCCAAAAGGUUCAAGAAUGAUGAUGGCUCUGAACUGGAGCCCGAGAAGGCCUUUGGACCUGAGUGGUCGUCUCAUUUCAAUCGGAUGUCUGCGGAUUUGAAGGUGCACAUGCGACAAAACAAGCGCAGGAUGCUUCCGAACUCGAAGGAAAUGGUGGUGAACUACAAUCGCAGAACCGCGCCAGAGAUCAUUUCCGAGCACAACGAUCCAAUGCGCGCCGAAUGGACCGAGCUCUCUAGCCCUCCACCCGAGUACAUUGUCGGGCAACCGGCCCUCCGAGUCCCGGAUUCCUCGAAGCCACGAUACAAGCUGUAUUGGCCAAUCCGGAAUGGCUGGUGCAACGAAAAGGACUACACAAGCAAGAUGUUGCUCUUCCUGGACAUCUCUUUGAUCGUGGAAGACGCGAUCAAGAACCAACUACACUUGACCAGCAAGAAGGACUGGACCCAGUAUUCGUGCGUGUUCGUCAUCCCAGAUCUUUACGACAAGACCUAUGUCAGUCACGUUCUGGAAAUGUUGAUGCGGGAGUUUUCAUUCGCACGGGUGUGUUUCAUGCAGGAGAGUUUGGCAGCUACCUAUGGUGCCGGUUUCACCUCGGCCUGUGUCGUCGAUAUUGGCGCACAGAAGACUUCGAUCUGCUGUGUGGAAGAGGGAAUGUGCGUUGAGAACUCGAGGGUGAACCUGAAGUUCGGUGGUCAAGAUGUGACCGAAACAUUCAUCAAGAUGAUGCUGCACGAUCAUUUCCCCUAUGCAGAUAUCAAUCUCAGGCGCAGACAUGACUUCCUCCUAGCCGAAGAGCUCAAGAAGAGCAUCUGCACCAUGAACGAAGCCAGCGUGUCUCCCCAAGUCUUUGACUUCCAUCUUCGUGUAGCAGGUCAAGACACUCGCAAGUACACCUUCAAGGCUUUCGAUGAAGUUAUUCUGGCACCGCUGAGUGUCUUUGAGCCUUCUAUCUUCGACAACUCCGAAAAAAUCAAGGGCAGACGGACCUUGAUCGAGCGAUCAGUCGACAUCUAUGAUGGACUGUCUAAUGAUCCCACUUCCACAGCGCAGUCGGAGAUAUUGACCGCUAUUGCCCCUCCCCUUCCAUCCCAGGCCAAGGCGAAUGCCGAGUCUCUCGUGGCGACUGGUGGCCAAGCCACACCUAGCCGUUCCCAGCAUCCCAAUGCUCUAAGCAAAGUCCAGGAUCUUGACGGCACUCCUCGCUCUUCUGUCACAGGCUCUCCAGUGCCUGAGAACACCGGGACUCCCCAAGCUGGCGGAACAACCGCGUCUGCUGCCGUGGCUGCUGCCACACAGGCCCCUCGCCCUCUCCCCGUGGAAGAGAGGGACGAUAUCAUGCCUAUCUUUGGCCUGGACAACGCCAUCCUCACCUCUAUUGCUCACGCAGCUCGCUCCGACGAGAAGAAGAUGCGCGAUUUUAUCGGUGGUAUCAUGGUCGUCGGCGGUGGCAGUCUGACCUCCGGCCUCCACCUCUACCUGGAAGAACGACUGCAGUCACUUCGCCCCAACUACGCCAAAGAGAUCAUGAUCGGGACACCUCCCCGAGACCUUGAUCCCCAGGUCGUUGUGUGGAAGGGAGCUAGCAUUUUCGGCAAGCUUAGCAGCACAAAUGAUAGUUGGAUUGGCAGGGUGGAGUAUGACCGGCUUGGCUCCCGGCUGCUGGCAUACAAAUGCAUGUGGGCCUAUUAA